AUGGGUUUAGCUGCUACUAGAACGAAACAAAGAUUCGGUCUUGAUCCAAGGAAUACCGCAUGGAGUAAUGAUACAUCGAGGUUCGGUCAUAAACUUUUAGAAAAAUUUGGCUGGCAACCAGGAACGGGACUUGGUAUGUUACCAGGUCAAUCUCAUAAAAGCCACAUUAAAGUUCACAUUAAGGAUGAUAAUUUGGGUCUCGGCGCAAAGAUAAAACGCCAAGAAAGGAAAGAUGAAUUCGAUAAUGGAGAAUGUGCAGGUCUUGAUGUUUUCCAAAGAAUAUUGGGGAGAUUGAAUGGGAAAGAGGAGGAAAUUGUCGAUGAAUUGGAAAAGCAAAGAAAGGACAAAAUCUUAUCAGGUAAAUGGGGGAUCCAUUUCUUAAAGGGUGAAGUACUGGCAUCGACAUGGGAUCCAAAAACUAAGAAGUUGAAAAGUUACUCUAAUGAGAGGAAACGGAAAUAUAGCAAUGAUGAAGAUGAUGCUGAUGACGAUGAUGAUGAAGAAGAAGAUCAGAAAAACUCAGACUCAGAAUCAGACGUGGUUUCAGAUUCAGAUGUUAGCAGUGAUAGGAAGACCAAGGGAAAGAAAAAGAAAGAUAAAAAGGAAAGGAAAGAAAAGAAACAUAAAAAGAGGAAACUAGACAAGAAAACCAAAAAAAGCGAUAAAAAUAUAGAGAAAGAAAAAAAGAAACAAAGGAAGAAGGAAAAGAAAGCUAAGAAGGUACAGAAAAGGCAAGCUGCUUUUCUAGAGUCAAGUAAAACUGCCUCCAAAAUACCAGAUUCUGUAUCAACUAGAUUAUCAGUUCGUUCGAAAUGGAUCAAACAGAAAAGAGCAGCUAUCAUGGAUGCCAAAGCUUUGAAUGAAAUCUUUAUGAUCAAGAAUGAUUGA